AUGCACAGAAUUGGUGUGGAAAAGGGGGUAGAAUGUGUCGAUGUUUAUGGUUUUGAGGACGAUGUAUUGAGUUUCAUCCCGCGACCUUGUUAUGCCAUCUUGUUGUGCUUCCCUGAAGUUGACAAGGUAAAGGAAAUGAUGCAACCUAUUUAUAUGAAAAUGAAAGAAGAAGGCAGUGUGAUACCGGAUGGACUCUUCUUCAUGAAGCAAAAAAUAUCGAAUGCUUGCGGAACUUUUGCUCUUAUUCAUUCGCUUGCAAAUAAUGAUAAGCGCAUUAAUCUGGGAGAUGGACCACUUAAGCAAUGGUUAGAUACAGCAAUACCAUUAAGUGUUGAAGAGCGAUCUGACCUUUUGGCUGGAAAUUCCAUUCUUGCUGAGGCUCACGAUAAUUGUGCACGAAAUGGCGAUACUGAUUCAAAUGAAAGCGUUAGUCACCAUUUCAUCUGCUAUGUAAACUACAAGGAUUCACUCUAUGAGCUCGAUUCUGGUGCUCCUUGCCCACGGUUAUGUGGUCCGACUAGUGAUGAAACAUUUUUGAACGAUGUCGGAAAAGCAUGCAAAGUACUAAUGGAUCAGUUAAUGAGUGCUUCAUUCAGCGCUCUGGCCAUCGUUCGUGCUUCUUAA